GUUUUUGCGAUAGCGUCCAGGAACAAAACAACAAAACAAAACAUGAAGGUUUGACAGUUGCAAUAAAAGCUUUAUUACUGACUGACAGCUGAGAUUCAUAUCACGUAAUAUCGCUUAGGCUUGAUCAACUAAUUUGCCCUCUGUUACGAAUGGAAAGAACUGAUUCCACCGCUUCAGACGGAUGUGAACUGCUGUCCGGGCUCUUAAAUGUCACAGGUCCAGUGUGGAUCUGGUGAAAAGAAGUAAGGUUUAGAGAUCAUGUGAAUAACUGUGUGGAGAUGGAGGCUGUGAGACCCAAAAAAUCCAAGUCCAAGGCCUGUGGAAAGUCACAGGUCAAAAAGGAGAGACAGUCUGAGGGUGUUAGAAAGCUCUCUGGACCUUCUACAGAAGUCCAUGAGCCAGCACCAGCUCCUGAAUUCACUGCUGAAUUCACAGAUGUUCCCCUCAGCCUUUCUCAUGUGCCUCUUGUCCCUGAUCUGAACCCACCCACUCAGCCCUCAGUAGACCAUAAUGACAAUGCUGAAAAGGACCAAGACAGUGGUCUCUUGUGUGAUACGACUGAAAUACUGGAGGAACCCCUGUGCAAUGAAGACGCUCAGCCUAAAUCGCAAUCACAAAACAUGGCACCUCGAGCAGAUCAAGCUUUGGUGUCCGCUCAGUACCUCCAAUGUGAUCAAAAUCUUUUUAAUGCUAAACUUGAUCCAUUCAAUGUCCCUUCUUUAUAUCCCUCUGUUCCUUUUGCAUGCUGUGAGCCUCAACUCUUGGAAGCCACAUGCUCUAUCACCUAUGAACUGGUAGAUGCUUCCCUUAUGCCACAGGCUUCCGAGGCAGAAGUCAGACCUGGACAAAUAGCUCCAGCUGUUCUGCCUCUAGCUAGCCAGGAAUCCUCCCCACCUAGCUUAGUGCCUGUGGAGGUUGCUGAUGUGAAGAGACUUUAUCCAGAGCUGCCCAGGACCUGCCAGACUGUAAAGCCCUUCAAUAGUGAGCAGUUACGAAUCUGGGAACCAGGAUCCUGGCUGGAAAACGUGGAGCUCCAUACAGCUGAGUUCCAAAGUACGGCCCACCAAGAGGGACAUGAGUUGUACGAGCUGCUGCUGAGCUACUGGAGGUACCAUAAACAGCUAACCCAGGCCCAGACUGAACUGCAGGCUGCUAACUCAAACUGCAAAAAUGUGCAGAAUCGGUUGUGGAGCUUUAAGGAUCAAAGGCUUUCGUUACAGGGUGUGUGUGCAGACCAUGCCAAGGUGUAUGGCUACCACUGCUACCAGCAGGUGACCCUGAAUGAGGCAGCAAUAGCUGAGCUGAAACAACUAUUUGCUGCCAAGGCAGAAAUACUCCAUCAAACAGUGGCCCUGCACUCGUACACCUCCAUACUGUCACGCCUUCAAGUGGAGUCUUAUCUCUACCAUUUGCUCAGCAGUAACCCCAUCACCAAGAGUGUGGCUGUACAAGAUACAAGCACAGUGAGUCCAAAGUCUCAACCUUCCUCUUUGCAACCGCUGAAGGAGAGCAUCAGUGUGCUGUUCAUUUUCACCCGUCGGGUUCUAGAUGAUUCUCAGUUUCAGACUGACAUCCAUCUCUGGCUGCAGAGGCUGGUCUCAGUGCUGCAUCUGGUAGGUUCUGCAGGAGAUCAUCUGUUCAUCCUAAACCACCUGCUCUGCUGCCCCACAGGAGUGGGGAAAUGGGCUGUGCCAUUUCUACAGAUCAAAGUAUUGGAAACCCCAUCUGGAGUGUAUCAUUUCAUGCAGGCUCUUGCUAUUCUCAUGUCUCCGGCAAGGCACCGUGUAGACUUUCUGGGACACAUGAAACCCAAUGACCCAAAGGGCAAUAACAGUCUUUCAGGACCUACAUCUGCAAACUGGACACUGGUGGAUGAGGGGGGAGAGGAGGAUGAAGACCCAGAAACAAGUUGGAUGCUGCUGUCUGAGGAUGAUCUGAUUUCACUGUUCUCUCAGUUUCCCUUUGAUGAACUUUUCAAACACUUACUAGGGAUCUGCUCUAAAGGUGACUAUCAGCCUCAAGCCACCACCAGUCAAAAAAUGAUGAAGAUAUUUGCGUUCGCCUCUUCAUUGGUUGAGUUACUCGCUGUCGGCUUGCAGACCUAUAACAGAGCACGUUAUCGCCAGUUUGUAAAGAGGAUUGGUCACAUGAUCCGGAUGACACUUUGCUAUGUGAGUGACCACUGGGCGCAGUACAUCAGCCUUACAAAUGUUAGCAGGAGCACACUGCAGGAACAGUCCUUCUCAAUGGACAAGCUGCAGGUGGAGUUUGACCAUCUCUUUCUGCGAGCAGUUCUGCAUGUGCUCAAGGCCAAGAGACUGGGCAUAUGGCUAUUUAUGUCUGAGAUGCCAUAUGGCACCUUAUCCAGCACCAUGCUGUGGAAGAUUUUCUACAUCAUGCAGUGUGCAGAGACGGAUGUUUUGGAGAAGCUCAGCUGUAGCCUGAGUGCUGAAGACUGUAUCCAGGGGCUCAGAGAACCAAGCCACCAGGAGAAGUUUGAGCAAUGGCUAUCAGAGAUAAACAGCUCAGAUGGAAUCUGCCUUUUGACAACAUUUGCACAAAUGGCCCAGCCCAGUCGCACUGAUGUAGACCCUGAGUUCAUCAGGAUCAUAGUGCUGGAGAUAUAUGAGGUGUCCUAUGUGAGUAUCGCCACUAGAGAGAUAUUCUCUAAAGUGGGGCGGGAGUUGCUGGAUGCAAUAGCGACUGCCCACCCUCACAUCAUCUCUGUAUUGUUGGAGAGACUGAGAGAGACCAUAGAAAAAGUGGGCAUGGUGUCAUUGUACCUCUUUAAGGAGUUGCCCCUGCAUUUGUGGAUGCCAGCCCAGGCUGAGUUUGGGUUAAUUCGUGACUGGCUGUUGAACUUCAGUCUCACUGCCGUGGAGAACAGACUAGCCUGCAUCAUACUUGAGGGCCUUAACUGGGGAUUUCAGCAUAAUGGUUGCCUUGUUCUACCAGCUUCUUUGCACAGUGAAGUCGCCCUGUUGGUCAUUGAGGCAUAUCAAAAAUAUCUCACAGACAAACCAUAUGGUGGCAUCUUAUCAGAAGGCAUCAAACAGGUGUCUUAUCUGGCUAAUGUGGUGCGGCUUGGCCAGUCUCCAGAGUCCUCUUUUAACCAGUGGGCCUGGGACCUGGUUCUGAGGCUGAAGCUUCAUGCCAAUGAGCGAAGUCCUCAUGAUGCCUGGUGCCCCCUGUCCAACUCCAUCGCCCCCAGUGUGCCAGAGAUAACAGACUCUCCGACCAUGCACCCUGUGUUGAAAGCUGUCAAAGCAGGCAUUCCCAUUGGAUGCUUCCAGGCUAUUGACAUGACCACCAUUGGGCACAGUUUGGAGAAGUUCUGCAGUGAUGGAAUAUCUCUGCUGAAGACACUGGUUCAGUGUCAUCAUCUCAAAGCUGUAGUGCACAUACUGGAAAACAUUCUACCACUGGUCUACCACUGCCAGUUCUACCUGCUAAAAAAUGAACAAUUUCUUAGCUGUAUCCAGCUCUUCCUGCAGCUGGACAGUGGGACUCAGGGUGUGACCCAGCAGGUCACACAGAAGGUGACCCAGCAUCUUAUCGGUGCCUCUACAUAUGAGAACAUCAAACUCCUAAACAGUUUGAUCCAGGCUCAUAUCUUGGAGAGCUCCAGACCUGGCCGUGUUGGAGCAGUAGCUGUUCUUGAAUUCUGGCUUCAGGUUUUGACCAAACAGAACCUCUGGUAUCGGGACAAAGCUGUUCUGUUCCUUCUGGACCAUCUGUGCCGUGCUGCAUUUCUUCACCAACAAGAGGAAUGUCUUCAGAAGCUUCUCUACCAACAACACAAGAGUGCAUUAGGUUACCAUGGAGACAAAGGUUUGCUUUCAUCUCUAAUGGGCUGGAUUGUUACAGGAAACAUCACUCCAUCCUUCAUUGAGGGCAGUUCUCUCACAGGGGAGAUUUGGUUUGCUUGGUUGGUUCUAAACAUGGAGUCGAUGUUUGAGGAGGACUCUCAGCUGCAGCGCUGUGUGGAGCAUGAGCUCCUCUCCAACCCGUUUUACACAGCAGAUCAGGCUCUGAAGAAAGCCCAGGUUCGUCUCAAGCUUCAAGCGGUUCCCUCCCUGCAGAGGCUGAUGAUCUAUCGCUGGGCUCAACAGGCUCUUGCUACACCUGCUGAUCACCCGCUCCUGCCUUUGGUGUGGCAGAAAUUCUUUCAACUUUACCUCCGUCAACCUGGACCAGAAUUUGGGCUGGAGGUGAAAGGUUGCAUUGGCAGGCGUUAUUUCCAGAGUGUAGCACAUCUCUCCCUGCUGAAGAGCCUCAGACAGCGGCUAGUUGAGGUUUCAGAUUUCCACCAUGCUGCUAGCAAGGCUCUGAAGGUUCCCUGUUCAUCUGGUGAAUCUAGUGAUGGUCUGCUCACCUCAGGGAUGUUCAUCACCCAGUACAUCACCUCUCCAGAGCUGCACACUGAGCUUGUGCGGCUCUUCAGUGUAUUUGCUUUGUGGUUGGAUGAUGAAAACCUUCAGAAACAAGAAAUUUACUUGCCCUCUUUGCCAAAACAAUAUGACACCCAUCGCCUAGCCAAAAUCAUGCAGCGUCAGCAGGAGGUGUGGAUGGAGCAUGUGGACAUUGAGCGAGUUCAGCAUGAACUGCAGGAAGUGCUCAGUCUGUGGUCAAAGGUCAAGAGUGAACCUACACUCUCCAAGAACACCAGCUCCUCCAUCUUCACUGACUUCAUCAACCCUCUGGCUGCAAGAGAACGUAUUCUUAGUCACCUGAGAAAGCAUGAUGCCCCCCAGGGGGCGCCGUUGCUUGUGCCAAUGAAUGCUCCGGUGCCUGACAUUCCCACAGAGAGCCUGUCAGAUGAGAAUAUCUUCACUGCCUUAAUUCAGGAAGACCUGGCUAAACUUCAGCAUCAAGCCAAGUUGGCAACAGUGCGGGAGACACAGCAGGUCGCGCUAGACAAUGAACUGUUGGAGGUGUUACCACAGCUCUACAUAAACCGAGAAGACCAGCUCUCAAUGCAGUUAGAGUGCCGUGGUAAAGGAGGACAGCCCUGUCAGGGUCCUGCACAUAUCACCGUUAAGUACUCUAGAAUGCACAAACUGGAUCCAGUGCAGAAUCAGAUACAGUGUCUGAAGAGUGAUAUUAAACAGCUGCAGGUUGAUGGAGUCAAAGCUCCUCCUCAGGGUCUGGCUGAGGCAGCUGUGCAUACAGAGAACUUUAUCACGACCUUGGUUAAUGCUUACAAGUUAAAUCCAUCCCCUGGUACACUGAAGGUGGGGAUCGCUGCUUUCUAUCAGAUAGUGUCGUUUGUGUCUGAUGAUACUCAGAGAUAUCCACCUUCUCGCCAGUUCUUCACUUCCUGUAUUGAGAUCCUGGGUCAGUCUGAUGGCCUCUGCAACAUCAGGGAAAGCACAGGCAUACUGCAGGAAGACGUCUUUGUUGAACACGAGGACACCUCUGUCCAGUCUGCCAGCUUCACGCUCCCUUUGAUGACUGGCUAG